AUGGUUAAUUUCACAAUCGAUCAAAUUCGUGCCCUAAUGGACAAGAGGACAAACAUCAGAAACAUGUCCGUCAUUGCCCAUGUUGAUCAUGGAAAGUCCACCCUUACCGAUUCUCUUCUCAUGAAAGCUGGAAUCAUUUCCUUACAGAAAGCUGGAGACGCCCGUGCCACUGAUACUCGUGCCGAUGAACAGGAACGUGGUAUUACCAUUAAAAGCACAGCUAUCUCUUUGUAUUUUGAGCUUUCCGAAGCUUUCAUGUCCGAUGUAAAGCAAGUUACUGACGGCAGAGAUUUCUUAAUCAACCUUAUCGAUUCUCCAGGGCACGUAGAUUUCUCUUCUGAAGUUACGGCUGCUCUUCGUGUAACCGACGGUGCCUUGGUGGUUGUAGAUACCGUUGAAGGUGUGUGUGUGCAGACUGAAACCGUUUUAAGACAAGCUCUUACUGAACGUAUCAAACCAGUACUCAUCAUUAACAAGGUCGAUCGCGCACUCUUGGAGCUCCAGCUGCCACCAGAAGAACUUUACCAAACAUUCCUCCGUGUUAUUGAAAGUGUCAAUGUCAUUGUUUCCACCUACAAUGAUGCUGCUCUUGGAGACUGUCAGUUGUACCCGGACAAAGGAAACAUCGCUUUUGGAUCUGGUCUCCACGGAUGGGCAUUUACUCUUCUUCAAUUCGCAGAGCUCUAUUCUAAAAAGUUUGGUGUCGAUAAGGAGAAAAUGAUGGAACGUCUUUGGGGUGACAAUUAUUAUAACCCAAAGACCCGUAAAUGGACCAAAAAUGGCGUCGAUGAAGAUGGCAAGCCCCUACAACGUGGAUUUUGUAUGUUCGUUUUGGAACCCAUCUACAAGAUCUUCGAAAGCGUAAAAAACGGCAGCAAAGAAGCCAUUGUUGACAUGAUGGCUAAGCUUAACGCUACUCUGACUCCUGAUGAAUCGGAAAUGCAAGGAAAGGAGCUUUUAAAGACGGUUAUGAGAAAAUGCUUCCCCGCUGCUGACGCUCUUCUUGGAAUGAUGAUCAUCCAUUUGCCCUCGCCUCUUACUGCCCAAAAGUAUCGUUCUGAGAUUUUGUAUGAGGGACCGCAAGAUGAUGAGUGUGCAAAGGCUAUUGCCAACUGCGAUCCAAAUGGUCCCCUGAUGUUGUACGUCUCCAAAAUGGUUCCCACUUCUGACAAGGGAAGGUUUUUCGCUUUUGGUCGCGUGUUUUCUGGAAAAGUUGCUUCUGGCAUGAAGGUUCGCAUUCAAGGCCCAAAUUACGAGCCCGGUAAAAAAGAUGAUCUGUUCUUAAAGAGUAUUCAGCGCACCGUCCUCAUGAUGGCCUCCAAAGUCGAGCCAAUCGAGGACUGUCCCGCCGGAAACAUUGUCGGUCUUGUUGGUAUUGACCAAUAUCUUCUUAAAUCUGGAACGAUCACCACGUCCGAGACUGCCUACAACCUCAAGGUCAUGAAGUUUUCUGUCUCCCCCGUUGUUCAAGUUGCCGUUGAUGUGAAGAAUACAAAUGAUUUGCCAAAACUUGUUGAGGGUCUUAAGCGCCUUUCCAAGUCUGAUCCGUGUGUGCAAUGCAUAACAAAUGAAUCUGGAGAACACAUUGUCGCCGGCGCAGGAGAACUACAUCUUGAGAUUUGCUUAAAGGAUUUGGAAGAGGAUCAUGCCUGUGUCGCGAUAAAGGUUUCUCCCCCUGUUGUUUCUUAUCGUGAAACCGUUACUGCCCUCUCGGCUGUUGCUCUUUCAAAGUCUCCCAAUGCACACAACAGAAUCUAUCUAACUGCUGAACCAAUCGACAAUGAGCUUUGCAUAGACAUCGAUGCCAAGAGAGUUACCUCAAAAGACGAUUUUAAGAUUCGCGCUCGCUACCUUUCUGAAACUUAUAAUUGGCAAGUUGAGGAUGCCCGUAAAAUUUGGUCCUUCGGUCCUGAAGCAGUUGGCCCAAAUGUAUUGGUUGACAUGACAAAAGGUGUUCAAUACCUCAAUGAAAUCAAGGAUUCAUGUACUUCUGCCUUCCAGGGAGCCACAAAGGAAGGUGUUUUGUGUGAAGAGAAUCUCAGAGGCUGUCGCUUCAAUUUGAUUGAUGUCACUAUGCAUGCUGAUUCCAUUCAUCGCGGAGCAGGACAGAUUGUCCCCACUAUGCGUCGCGCAAUUUAUGCUGCUUCUUUGAUGGGAAAGCCUGCUAUCAUGGAGCCUGUUUAUCUUGUUGAAAUCCAAUGUCCCCAGACUGCCAUGGGUGGUAUUUAUGGCGUCCUCAAUCGUCGCCGUGGACACGUAUUUUUUGAGGAACAGCGCCCUGGAACUCCCCUCUUCUCCAUUAAAGCAUUUAUGCCGGUUAACGAAUCCUUUGGAUUUACUGCAGAUCUUCGUUCUCACACUGCCGGCCAAGCUUUUCCCCAGUGUGUGUUUGAUCACUGGCAGCAAUUUCCUGGAAGUCCCUUGGAGGCCAACUCGAAGAUUUCGGUCAUUGUCAAGGAGAUCCGUCGUCGAAAGGGACUUUCUGAAGAUAUCCCGGCCUUGGAUCGCUAUUUGGACAAGUUGUAA